AUGAUUAGUUCUCCAGAUUUGGUCGCUUUCACUAAAGAAACAGAUUUCAGUGAAAUAGUAAAAGACCCAUCAGUACUUCCAGAAGAACUGUCUGUUCCCUUGUACCCCUACGCUGGGGUCACCACCCCAUGGUCCAAGACUUGUGGAGCUAAUUUUACAAAGGAUUUUAUCCUUUUAUCAGAGUUUUCGGAGCAAGUUGGGCCUCAGCCUUUGCUUACGGUUCCUCCUGACAAGGCAUGUGGGACAUUUGAUUUGAACCACUUCUCCCUUCGGAUAAUGUCAGUGGACUAUCAGACCUCGCUCACAGGCCCAGCCAGUUGUGGCUCUUUAAAACUGAACUUUGUAGAAGACUCAAAGGUAGUUUUAGGGGACUCCAGAGAAGGAGCGUUUGCGUAUGUGCACCAUCUUACUCUCUAUGACCUGGAGGCUCGAGGGUUUGUGCGACCUCUCUGCCUUGCCUAUGUGUCAUCUGAUGAGCAUAAAAUCAUACAGCAAUUCCAGCAGAUUUCCACAGAGUUCUCCAAGGUCUCUGAAUGUCUAAAAACGGGGAACAGGAAGAACUUUGCUAAUGAACUGGAGAUAAAACUCAGAGAUUUGGAGUACACAAGAGUCGCGGUACUUAGAGAAAUCAAAAGCGAGUUGAAUGAUGCAUCUGUAGUGUGCACCAGUGAAAGGGAGCACAUGCUGAAUGGUAUGCCUACAUUAGAUGUGAAACUGAAAGAAAAAUCUCACAAAGAUGAAGUGGAAUUACAAGAGAAAGACAGAUGUGAGAUUUCAAGAAAGGCAGAAGUAGACUGUGAAAAGGGGAAUAGGUCAUGUAUAACGCAUGAUAGAGAUGAACAGUUCGAAGGGAGAAGGAAAAACAAGCAGGAUAAAGGAUCUUACCCAAUGCCUAAUAAAGGUGAUGAACUGGCCAGUGUUGAAAAAUCCAUUCAGGAAUACAAAAGCCUUCUAAAGCAGGUCACUUCCUACCGAACCAGGAAGCUUAGAGACUCUGAAUACUCUCCUUAUGAACCGGAUGACCUCCCUCAUUCCUUUGAGUUUGAUCUGGAUGAUUUAAGGCACGGUCAGCUUGCUGGGCAGGAGUUGGAAUGCAAUGUUUUUCCUUGCACAGACACACCCUCACAUUCUUUGAAGCUGAUGAACUCAAUUUCAUCUUGCCGAUUUGACAAGCGUCUGAAAACUCUCGAGGAGUUGUGUGAUGACUACUUCCACCAACAGGCUCUACAGCAACUGAACUGCAUUGAGAGGACUUUCAGAGGAGACGCCUGCCAUCUCUAUUCACAACAACUCUGCCGCAAUCUUCUCCACAACCUCAAAUUUACCAAUUUCUUAUUUGAAGAUCAAUGUGACUUGGAAGAUGACGUGGGGUUGCAGAUUGGAAUAGCUGGUCAACAUUCAGUCCGACAACCUUCCUUUCUUCCUGCACCAUCAAUUCUAAGUGAACCUGUCAGUCUUGAGUCGUAUGUCUCCUGCGUUGAAAUGGUGCCAAUCAAACUAGACUUGGGCGGAUCCAGCCAAUCUCCAGGUGUACCUGGUUCAGUAAAUACCCCAGCCGAAGAUAACAGACCACUAACAUCCUCCGCAGUAGAGACUGAAAUGGAAAAUGAGGGCGUAGUUUCAGCUUCUGAUUGCCAAGAAAAUGUGGGAAUGUGUGUUUCAGCUUUGAUGAAGACCAGUAUUAGUAGUGGAGAUAGUAUUGAGGUCUUAGGAACAGAGAAGUCCUUCAGAUCACAGGGUUCAAACAUACUAAUAGAUACAGCACUACAAAAACCUCCACUUUUGUCCACUACAGUCGUGCUGGAAGGUCUAAAGCAAGGGAGGGUAAUUACCAGACGGACUUGCAGUGAAGACAGCAUUGAGGUGCUUUGCACAACAGAAUCAAUCCUACCAGAAGACCUGCGUGCGUCAUACCCUUGCGCAAUUGAUGAGGAAAGUACAGAGCAAGAGACUGAUGAGAAAGACGCAUCUCAAAACCAAAAGGACAAACAAGUUGAGUGCGUUUACAGUGCGGGAAAUGUUCCUCGAGGUGCCUGUAUAGAGGAGCCACAAGAUUUUUAUCCUGCUGUCACCUUAACCCCACCUGACUGUCCUACGACUUUGUCCCUUGGUCGGUCAAUCUCCCAAGAUGUUUGCCAUGCUUCAGAAUUAAUCCCCCUCUCAUUGUUAGAUGAGCCUGGUCGGAUAGCACCUGAUGACUUGUCAGACUGUUUCAGCUAUCGGAGCACCACUGCCUCUACAACCUCCGAAUGCACUUUUCUAACUUGUCUUCCAAAGAAUAAAAGAGAAGGUGGGACUAGACGGAGACGUGGAAGAGUAGGGCGAGCAGCGUUGCAGUUUUUACGACAGUAUCCCUUUGCAGUGCAUGCAGUGUUUAGCCUUCUGAGUGGCCAAACUUUGGUAGUACUAGGCAGCGAGGAGGCUGCAGUGAGACGAAUGGUUACAGCACUCUCCGUGUAUAUGCCACAUCAGAGUAGAUACAGAGACGGCAUUCAACCAUGGACUUCAACGCCACUGCAACUAACUGACCUGCUCAACUGGAAACUUAUUGGCUUUAACAGGAUGUGCUGUUACACUUACACAAAUAUGCCUCACUGCCUGGGCCAUUACAGCCGAUACCUCAGCAUUCUAGAUGUGGAUCAAAAGACACUGCGCUGCUCAUCCUACAGUGGUACUCUUCUCAACACGCUGGUGGAACCAAGGAGCCACUUUAAACGUGGAAACACCUACUUCAUGUUUGCUCAAAGUGUGCAAAGCAAGCUUGCCACCACAGCAUUCCUUUUAACAUUUUCACAUGGUUUCCAUACACCCAGAAGGCCUCGGGAAUGUACAUGGACGCAAUGCUUUCAAUCUGAAAUUCACAGAGAUGAUAAGAGAAUCCUAAACUAUUUAUCUGAACUCAUCAAACUGCACUUCAUGGAGGUUCCACCCAAUGUCCUUAGAUUUAGCUACAACACAAACUCUAUUUUCAAACUCUGAAAGUGUCACUCACACAAACUAGCCAAUGAUUUGUGUUGCUUUGCUUUUAUUGCCUUUAAAUGAAAAUUUGCUUUUGCCCAGAAAUAUAAACAGCAUAUUUACAUUAUCCGCAUGCUUUGAUAUCUUGUUGACAGAGUAAGUUGAAAUGAAUAUUGUGGUCUAAUCUUGUGUGCAAAAAUUCUCUUUACAACCUAAAAUGAGCUACAAAGCAAAUUUAAACAGCUUCAUAGUAGUGUUGCAUUUGAAACUUACAGUAUGGCUGAUGGUCACAACUGUAUUUUGUUCUGUUGCAGAAUUCAUUGUUUGUAUUUAACGUCCAUCAUAUAUUGAUCAUAGUCCAGUAAUUGCACAUAAUAUUCUCAGGCGAAGAAAAAUAAAACUGCAUGAAGGGGCAAAAACAUCUUAACUGCCAUGCCAUUUAUAAUCUAUGAAAACAUUAAAUCCACUCUGUAUGUACAUUAAAAAAAAAAAAAAAAAGUUUUUAAAA